AUGGCAAAUCUACGAACACGACCAAACAUCUCCGUUUACCCCCUCAUUCCAUGGUACAUUGUCAAAAUAUCGCAGACGACAUCGGCAUGCAUUGUUUUCAUCAUCAUGUUGGAACUCGUCGGCCACCGCUCCACCCCGACAACGUUAUAUUUCAUACAAGGCGCUGCACUGGUCACCAUAAUAGCCAAUCUGGCGAUGGGCGUUUGGAUUAACCGUCGAGGAAUAAUACCAAAAAUAAGCGCUAUCGUGAACACGGUUCUCACGAUACUAUGGGCGGCUGGUUAUGGACUCCUUCUAUCCUCUCUUGCCUCCAUCAUCACAGUACCAUGCACUAUCACAUAUUUCAUUACCAACAGUGGAGUCAGAUCUUGUCAGUUUUACAAGGUUUUGGUUGCGUUUGGAGCUACUGGCUUGGUGAGCGCGAUUGCGAUGGCUAUUCUAGAUAUCUUAGCCGCACGAAAAAUAAAGCGAGGAAAGGUCAUCGUGGCAGAUCACGAAAGACUGCUGGUUGGAACUGCUGCUCAAACUAGUUACCGACGUGUGUCGGAUGAAGAACGGGAGCUUUCGACAAUGACACCUGCAGGCUUAGAACCGACAAGACAUGAGCAAGCCAUGAUGAGGUAG